AUGGCAUUCACCAUCUUGGAUAAAUCAGGUCGUGUAUACGUUCAGCGCGAGUUGCUCCAGGAGUGCAAAGAUCCUAGACUCAAUAUCUCCAAAGCCGAUAUUUUCAUGCGCGUAGCCAAACCAUUCUACGACCUGUCACUACGCCUUGCAGCUGAUUUCCCCGAGUCUCGUCGGCUUCACAUGCAUAUUGACUCCAGCGAGGAAGAGAGCGUCCUAAUAUAUCCUUUCUAUCAACACACCCUGCUUGGAAUGCUCCAACAGGAUCCAGAAAUCUCGGGUGCAGCAAAGAAGAAAGUGCUGCAGGAGACAGGAGACGCCAUGCAAGAGCUGCAUAGCAAGGACUGGAUCCAUCGCGCUUGCGACGAAGAGGGUACUAAGACAAUCACCGACGUCGCUUUAGGCGACUUUGGCCUCGCUUUUAGGUUCAAAACGGGAGCGCUACUUUCCAACACUCGUGCAGUAGGAAACGCCAUGUGGCGUAGUCUAGAAGGGCAGGCUGGGAGAGGUUUGUCUAAGGUAUCAGGCAUUUACUUAUUCGGACUGAUUUGCAUAUAUACCCUCGGGGGUAGGGAACCGCUACUCAUCAACGAUUAUCCGGAGCUCGCCAAGCUCGGUGUAAGCCCCCAGCAAGCAGUAUUGACGCGACACUUCUCGUGUUUUGGACCAGCGAACGAGGGCCUGCUCAACGUCAUCGAUAGCGAGAAGUGGAAAAAAGCUCUUAGAAUAUUGUCUGAAAUGACUUAUUUAGUCAUGCAAGACCAACAAGACAUGAGCUUCGAGGUGUGGGGGCAUGCAUUCGGUUCUGGGGCACAUAAGAUGAUAUCUGGAAUGACAAAAAUUGAUCCAAGGGCUAGGCCAACGAUAAAUCAGAUUAUGGAGCAUCUGUGGUGGAAGGAGGCCAUUUGA